AUGGCAUCCCCUACGUUAUCAUCGAACUGCACUCCCCUCAACACCCCUUGGAAACAACGAUUGGAAGGCUUAGCCGUUAUGUGGCAUGUCACCACCAUUGGGCUCUUUACAAUGCUUUCCAUCUAUCUACUAUUACAUCCAAGAUUCUACUUCUUUAUCAUCCCAUAUGGGUUAUAUUAUUUCAACGAUAGAACUCCUGCAAAUGGGAAUGUCGUAAAGAGAUAUUCUAUGAAAAUGAGAUCAUUACCUAUCUGGAAUUAUUAUUGCAACUACUUUCCUCUUUCUCUUAAAAAGACAACAGAUCUACAACCUACUUUUACUGAAAUACAAGACCCAGUGACAAAAACUACAAUUCAAAGCAAAACUGGCCCCACUUAUUUAUUCGGUUACCAUCCGCAUGGUGUAGGUUCUUUAGGUGCCUUUGGUGCCUUUGCUACUGAAGGUUGUCAAUAUUCAGAAAAAUUUCCCGGGAUACCAAUGAGUUUGAUGACAUUGGUUAAUCAAUUCGUUAUUCCCUUCCACAGAGAUUAUCUUUUAUCUCUAGGUAUUACUUCGGUUUCUAAAAAAAACGUAUUAAAGACUUUACGUAAUAAUCAAUCUAUCUGUAUUGUUAUUGGAGGUGCAAGAGAAUCAUUAGUUCCCUUUAACGAGAAGACGGCAGAUAUCAUUCUUGAUAGAAGGAGGGGGUUUAUUAAAUUAGCUAUCCAAACAGGCAAUGUAGCACUAGUACCUGUAUUUGCAUUUGGUGAGACUAAAGCUUACAAACUAGUAGAUACAAAGACUAAGCCAAUCAUUCAUAAGCUUCAAUUAUGGUUCAAAUCCACUUUUGGUUUCACAAUCCCAUUGUUCUAUGCUAGGGGCUUUUUUAAUUACGAUUUUGGUUUAUUACCUUUUAGAACACCAAUUGCUGUCGUAGUUGGUCAGCCAGUCUUGGUGAAAGAAAAAUAUGAAGUUCCUCCUGAAGAACUGAUUAAUAAAUAUCAUGAGAUUUAUGAAACUCAAUUGAAAAAAUUGUACUACGAAAAUAGAAAACAGUAUGGCUUUGGUGAUAUAGAAUUGCGUAUUAUCGGAUAA